ACGCAAAGCUAUCACUUAUACUUAACUGCUGGACGUCGCCCUUUUAUUAGGCGUUUAUGGCUAUCACUGGGUAUUUCCUUAAUAAAUAGUGGGAAUAUAGGCAGAUCCUACUCGGUUUCGAACCCCUCGAGGAUUCUGGCUAUCACCACUGAUAAUGCGUUAAAUAAUAAGACAAUGUUUGAUAAGGUCUAA